GAAGAAGCGAAGUUCCGCAAUAGAUCGGAGCUCUUCAAAACCCUAGGAAAAAUUAUUUUGUGGCGGUGUUGUCGCAGAGAAGACGCCCUCGUAGGGAAUGCUGAGAGAUGAUAGGAGCUUUGUUGACAAGUUUCGUCUCUAGUGGUCGAGCUGGCAACUGCAUCGGCGGCCGGAACUGUCACCGGAAACACGUCGAAGACGGGUGAUCCAUUUUUCCCCCAUUCUCUUGCUGUUGCUACUUCUUCAAUUUUCUCUAUCCCUACGCUCUAAUCAAAAUUUUUCAAAAAAAGAAGGCGAGAUCGUUUGUAUAUACCACAGUAUUUCUAGUUUAAUCUCUGAAAGAAGAAGAUCGAAUCGAUGGCGGAAAAGGAUAGAGACUGUCUCUCUGGUGUGCUCCAUGGGAAGUAUGAGUUAGGUCGGCUUCUAGGGCAUGGUACUUUUGCUAAGGUUUACCAUGCCCGGAACUUGAAGACUGGGACGAGCAUGGCGAUGAAGGUGGUUGGGAAGGAGAAGGUCAUAAAAGUGGGGAUGAUGGAGCAGAUCAAGAGGGAGAUCUCGGUGAUGAAGAUGGUGAAGCAUCCGAAUAUUGUUGAGCUUCACGAGGUUAUGGCGAGCAAAUCGAAGAUCUAUUUUGCUAUGGAGCUUGUUCGAGGCGGGGAGCUGUUCUCCAAAAUAUCCAGAGGUCGAUUGAGAGAAGAUGUGGCCAGAGUGUAUUUUCAGCAGCUUAUUUCUGCGAUUGAUUUUUGCCAUAGUCGGGGGGUUUACCACAGGGACCUCAAGCCGGAGAAUCUUCUUCUCGACGACGACGGAAAUCUUAAGGUCACUGAUUUUGGACUCAGCGCAUUUUCAGAGCACUUGAAGCAGGAUGGAUUGCUGCACACCACUUGUGGUACGCCGGCGUAUGUUGCGCCUGAAGUCAUCGGGAAGAAGGGAUACAACGGCGCCAAAGCCGAUCUAUGGUCAUGCGGAGUCAUCCUUUACGUUCUUCUCGCCGGGUUUCUUCCAUUUCAGGACGACAACAUUGUGGCCAUGUACAGGAAGAUUUACAGGGGAGACUUCAAGUGCCCGCCGUGGUUCUCACCGGAAUCCCGCCGGUUAAUCACAAAGCUCCUCGAUCCAAAUCCGAGCACACGAAUUACAACUUCGAAGAUCAUGGAAUCAUCCUGGUUCAGGAAAUCCGUGCCCCGGACUGUGAUUACGAAAGAGGAGCAGGAAUUCGACGAGAGCAACGAGAAAUUGAAGCAGUCGGAGACGCUGAAUGCUUUCCAUAUAAUUUCACUAUCAGAAGGCUUCGAUUUGUCGCCGUUGUUCGAGGAGAAGAAGAGGGAGGAAAAGGAGGAGCUGAGAUUCGCGACGACGAGGCCGGCGAGCAGCGUGAUAUCGAAACUGGAAGAGGUAGCAAAGGCUGGGAAAUUCAGUGUCAAAAAGAGCGAGUCGAGGGUCCGAUUGCAAGGCCACGAGUGUGGAAGAAAAGGGAAACUGUCGGUGGCGGCGGAGAUAUUCGCCGUGACGCCGUCGUUCCUGGUGGUGGAGGUGAAGAAAGAUCACGGCGACACGCUAGAAUACAACCAGUUCUGCAGCAAAGAGCUCCGGCCGGCGCUGAAAGACAUUGUCUGGACAUCACCAACGGAGAACUCCAUGCCGGCUUGAGAUUUAGGAGAUGGUAAAAGGACCAAAUAAAAAUUCAGUUGUUUCUAGUAUUUGGGUUUCCUUCUCUAGUAGAUUUGACGCCAUUUUUAGAUGUUGUUGUGUGUUCUUAAGAUUGCUGAUUAAUUCGAAUUAGAAUGGAAGACAGAGAAACAAAAUGAUGAAGCAGAGGGAGAGAGUUCCGUCUCUCUCAAAUUGUCAUGUCACAGUUGGUUCGUAUCUUCAUGUGUUAUGUGCAUAAAAUUGUUGUAAUCCUUCACGAAAAUCUCUUCUUUUCCUCCAUUGUUAAAGCUGAAUAGCCUUUUUCUUAGUAUCGAGAUAAUCAGAAUCAAGAGCCCAUUCUAAUCUAAGCAUGCAUUGAACUGAACCAUGGAUUGUAAA